UGGGUCUGUUUGGGGAAUCUUUAUAGGGGUGCGGGGAAGCAGGGGCACCUUUCUUGGGAUGCUGGGGGCAGCGAAUAAGGAGUGCGGUUCAGACUCUUUGAGUGUGGGGUUAUGAGACGGUUCUGAAACUCCUUGGAAAGAGCCAGAUCUAGACUGUUAACGGGGAUGUGAGCGGCACCAGAACGGGCACAGGGAGUUGGGCCUAGAACUUUCUUGUGCAGGUCGGGGGAGAGGCUCGUUACCUAAAGCUCUCUUGGGAUGGAGACCCGAGGUAAAACUCCCAGCAUAGGGGUGUGGAGACUGAACUAGAAUUUUCGUUUGGAAGAGAGCAGUGUCGGAUGUUUCCCUAAGUAAUGGGGGCGUGGUCAAAACUUUCCCAAGGAACCCCCAGUGGCGUUUUCUGCAGGGGAAGUUUGCUGGGACCCUGGCUCCACUCAACCAGCAGAAUGUCAGCCACACUGGAUCUGAAAUCGAAGGAGGAGAAGGAUGCUGAGCUGGACAAGAGGAUCGAGGCUCUUCGGCGGAAGAAUGAGGCCCUCAUCCGGCGCUACCAGGAGAUCGAGGAGGACCGUAAAAAAGCUGAACUCGAGGGAGUGGCGGUGACAGCGCCGCGGAAGGGCCGCUCGGUGGAGAAGGAGAAUGUGGCAGUGGGAACGGAAAAGACCCUGGGUCCCUCCCGGAGGUCUCCUGGGACCCCUCGGCCCCCUGGGGCCAGCAAGGGAGGCCGGAUCCCCCCACAGCAGGGAGGCCGCGCAGGCAUGGGCCGGGCCUCCCGCAGCUGGGAAGACAGUCCUGGGGAGCAGCUUCGAGGAGGAGCUGGGGGCCGAGGCCGGAGGGGUCGGGGUAGGGGAUCCCCGCGUCUUGCUGGAGCUGGAGAUGCCUCGACUGCCGACCGCAAAUCCAAGGAGUGGGAGGAGCGGCGCAGGCAGAAUAUCGAGAAGAUGAACGAGGAGAUGGAGAAGAUUGCCGAGUACGAGCGCAACCAGCGGGAAGGCGUGCUGGAGCCCAACCCGGUGCGGAACUUUCUGGACGACCCCCGGCGUCGCAGCGGGCCGCUGGAGGAGCCUGAGCGGGACCGCCGGGAAGGCAGCCGCCGGCACGGGCGCAACUGGGGGGGCUCCGACUUCGAGCGGGUGCGCUGCGGCCUCGAGCAGGAGCGGCAGGGCCGCCGGGCAGGCCUGGGCGGUGCCGGGGACAUGACGCUCUCCAUGACCGGCCGAGAGCGGUCGGAGUACCUGCGCUGGAAGCAGGAGCGGGAGAAGAUUGACCAGGAGCGGCUGCAGAGGCACCGCAAGCCCACUGGCCAGUGGCGGCGGGAGUGGGACGCUGAGAAGACCGAUGGCAUGUUCAAGGAUGGCCCAGCUGCUGCCCCCGAACUAUCGCACCGCUAUGACGACCAGGCUUGGGCCCGGCCCCCCAAGCCCCCCACUUUCAGGGAGUUCCUGUCCCAGCACAAAGCUGAGGUCAGCCGCAGAAGGAGGAAGAGUAGUCGACCCCAGGCCAAGGCAGUGCCCGGGGCCUACAGUGACCAUGAUGACCGCUGGGAGUCGAAGGAGGCCGUGUCUCCGGCCCCUGAGCCCCCACAGCCCGUGCGCCCCGAGGAGCCGCCCACACAGCUGCCCGAGACCCCGACCCCUGCCCAUCAGCCUCCCGAGGAUGAGGGCGAGGAGUACGAGGGGGAGGCGGGGGACGGCGAGGACGAGGAGUGGGAAGAUGUGAGCGAGGAGGAGGAGAUCGAGGAAGAAGAGGCGGAGGAGGAGGAGGAGGAGGAGCCCGCGCCCACCGGAGACCACCAGCCCCACAAGGCCGAGCCCAGCGGGAGCCCUGCCCGGGAACACGCUGACCAAGAGCCUGCCAGGCCUGAGGAGCCCCUGCCGCCUCCCCAGGCCCCUGCCACACCUUCCAGCCCUUUCUCGCCCUCUGGGGGCCACCAGCCUGUGUCGGACUGGGGUGAAGAGAUGGAGCUGAAUUCUCCCCGGACCCCCCACCCGGCAGAUGCCCUCUCUCCGGGAGGUGACCCGCCAGCCUCUGCUUCCUUGGAGAGUGGGCCCAGCCUCCCAGGAACCCAGAAAGCUGAAGAGGAGGGGUCUGAGGCAGCUCCAGAGGCGGGCCGCGAGGGCCAGGAGACGGCUAUCAGCGACUUCCAGAGGGCCUCCCCGAAUUCCUGAAGACGCUGCUGGGAGGGGACUGAAGCUUCCCCUCCUUGAUGGGGAGGGGGCGGCAGAAGGGGAUUAGUCUGGUUCUCCAGGCAGUGCUCCCUCCUCCCUGGAGCCCACUCUGGACCUCCGGGCUUUAGAGAGACAGCAGUUGAGGGUGGUGGGGGAGGAGCUGGGGAAGGGGCGUGACUGGGGUGUGGGGCGGAGGUGGAACUUCGGGGUUUGAGCUUAGACCUCAGGACGCAAGUAUGGAGGGGGCAGGUCCCGUGAGGGGCGUGGUCAGGGCGCCUGGGCGGGGCGGAACCACAGGAGCAGGUUUAGAUUGGGAAUCCCUGAUGCAGGUGUAGGGCGCCUCCCGGGGCAGGGGGGCGUGGUUUAGGACGCGCAGUUCAAACCAGUGGAGUGGAAAGAGGCGAAGCCUGGGCUGGAGAUGGGUGAGGGUAGGGGGAGAAGAGGGUGAGAUCGAGUGCUGAAGUCCAGUUUGAUUUGGAGAAAGGCAAGUUAAAACGGGGGCGGAACUGCGGCUAAGGAGGGGCGAGACUUAUAAGCCCUGAGCUUGGCAAGGGGUUGGUGGAACUAGACGCUUGGAAGAAGUCUGAGUUCCGAAAGGGGACGGGUUUAGGGCGCGGGGAGAAGGACAAAAAGAGAGUGGAGCUAAGCGCCGGGCCGGGUAAAACACCGACGCCUGGCGGGAGUCGACUGGGCUUGUAUUUGAGAAAAAUCGAGAUAAUGCAUGCCUGCGGCGGGUCCAGAGCCAAGGAGGGCGGGGUCAGAAUGCUGUAGUUAAGCCUUGCCUUGAUAAUGGUUGGCCGGAGGCCGGGGAGGGGGAGUGCCUAAAACGCAAGAGGUGGUCCCGCUCGCGCGGGGGCGUGACCAAGGUGGCGGGGGCGGGGUUGGGCGAGGGAGAGUUGGAGCGCGGGGGCGGUCCUCUGGAAGGGGGCGGUUCUCUGGAGGGGGCGGCCCCCUGAGCGGGCGGGCCUAGUGGGUGGGGCCUGUGCGGGCUGUGGCUCCUGGACAAGGGGGCUGCGGAGAUGCGGGCACGAGCUGCGUGGGUGGCGGCGGCGAGAGCCCGGGUGGCGCAGGGCUGAGCGAGGGCCCGCGGGGCCGCUGGCUGCGCCUGGCCCCGGUCUGCGCCUACUUCCUGUGCGUUUCGUUGGCUGCCGUGCUGCUCGCUGUGUACUAUGGUCUUAUCUGGGUUCCCACGCGGCCCCCUGCAGCCCCCGGCGGUCCGCCGCCCAGCGCGCAGUCUUCUCCUUGUGGCGCCCGCGCGGGUGCGCUGCCUGCUCCGGCGCCCCCAGCUGCUUCAGUGUCUUGCCUCCUGGGAGCCCCUGGCGGGCCGCGACCCCAGCUGGAGCUGCCGCGGAGCCGCCGCCACUGGGACCCCAGCCGCCGCCCGAACCGCCAGACGCCGGGAGAGACGCCGGAGGCCUCAGGGGGGCGAGGACCCGGGUAACUCUCCCUUUCACCUAGGAUGGAUCGCCGGUCUUCGAGAGUCCGGCGCCCCGACUACGGAUGCGCCAUUCUCGGAUUGGGUUCUGGCUCCCUUUUCACGACAUCGUCUAGCGUCUCCGGAGCCGUCAUCCUGAAGACUGGGAUGGGAAGGGCCCUCGCCGCUAGCAGCUCCUCCGCCGUCAGGCUGGGUCCUCCGCCAUCUGGCGGACCCCCUCCUGAUCUCUGUUCCUGAUCUCCCUCCUUAGGAUGCUGAGCACAGAGCCUUCAGUCCGCUCCCUUCUUCCUCGAAUCUCCAUGUCCAUAUGUCCACCUGCAGUAAACUCCAGUCCCAACUGC